AUGAUGAAAGGAUUCAAGAAUAGAUUAACUCGAAACAAGAGCCAAUCAACAACCAAAAAAGGGGACAAGAAAGACAAGGAUAAGAGUGAAAAGAGGUCCUCGUCGCCAUCAUCUUCUACAUCCAAUACUGGAUCACUGCAGAGCUCAAAGAAUUUGAUGACCAAUUCUUCAACUUCGCUAAAGUCAAACUCGCCCAGUCCUUCAAGAAACAAUAGUUCAAACAGUGCUGUGUCCAUCAAAUCAACCAAUAGCAAUACAACUAUGACGUCAGCCACAUCACCACAGGGUCUGCCAACUACAGAGUCACCAAGGAUUGUUGUUAACGAUGAUAAUUCAAACACGGUUUUUGGUUCACCUUCGCAGCAAUCAUCAAAUAGCUCAGGUGUGUUUCCAAACACCGUAUCAUUAGCAUCAGGACCGUCGUCAGCAGCUAAUAUGUCGGCAACAAACACAGGCAUUACCCCCACGACAAUGCCUUCGAUAGUCACGCCGAAUCAAAGUGCUGGUAAUGUAUCAUUUGGCUCAAGCGCUCAACCAAUAACACCUACUCCAACAUCACCAAAAAGUCCAACUUUUGAAUCUAAAGCUCACCAUAGUCAGCAAGGAGCACAAUCACAUUAUCAGUUGAAUCCAAAUAUAUCCUCCCCCGGAAGAGAUUCCUUUGAUAUUGACUUAAUUACUGCGCCUAAAAGGCAUUCGUCGUCCAGAUUUGAGCCAACAACAUCCGAAAGGUAUCAAGAAAUCAACAAAUUACCGAACUUUGACGAAGUAUUGCCAGAAGAUCAAAUCAGUUUGUUUAUACAAAAGAUUGAUCAGUGUAACAUAAUGUUUGAUUUCAGUGACCCCACCUUUGAUAUUAGAGGUAAAGAAAUCAAGAGAAUGACAUUGCAAGAGUUGAUUGCAUUCAUCUCGAAUAACCGUUUCUCCUAUACCGACGAAAUGUACAAGCAUGUAGUCAAUAUGUUUAAGAAGAACUUGUUUCGUCCAAUACCACCACCAGUGAACCCUAUCGGCGACAUAUAUGACCCAGAUGAAGACGAGCCAGUUAGUGAAUUGGCAUGGCCACAUAUGCAAGCAAUUUAUGAGUUCUUUUUGAGAUUCAUUGAGCUGCCUGACUUUCAACACCAAAUUGCUAAACAAUAUAUCGAUCAUGAUUUUAUUUUGAGAAUACUAGAAUUGUUUGAUUCAGAGGAUCCUAGAGAAAGAGACUGUUUAAAAACGACAUUACAUAGAAUUUAUGGAAAGUUUUUGAGUUUGAGAAGCUUCAUCAGAAAAUCAAUCAACAACGUUUUUCUACAAUUUAUUUACGAAACGGAAAGAUUCAAUGGAGUUGGUGAAUUAUUGGAAAUUAUGGGCUCAAUCAUUAACGGAUUUGCACUUCCUUUGAAAGAAGAGCACAAAAUCUUCUUAGUGCGGGUGUUGAUCCCCUUGCAUAAAGUCAAAUGUUUAUCAUUGUACCACCCACAAUUGGCGUAUUGCAUUGUUCAAUUUUUAGAAAAGGAUCCCACGUUAACUGAGGAUGUGAUUAUGGGAUUGUUGAGAUUUUGGCCAAAAAUUAAUAGCCCAAAGGAGGUUAUGUUUUUGAAUGAAAUUGAAGAUAUAUUUGAAGUCAUGGAGCCCAACGAGUUUAUCAAGAUUCAAAUCCCACUAUUCGCUCAGUUGUCAAAAUGUAUUAGCUCAUCCCAUUACCAAGUGAGUGAAAAAGUUUUGUGCUAUUGGUCGAAUGAAUAUUUCUUGACGUUAAUCACAGAAAAUGCUGAAGUUGUAUUACCAAUAAUUUUUGCAUCCUUGUAUGAGUUGACAAACGCAACCCAGCCUGGUAUUGAGAAUGGUAUCAUGCAACAAAAGUUGGCCAAUUUCCCAGACGCAACAGUGGACGCCAAUGGUAACUUGAUUGAUGCAGGAUUGGUUUUGCAAGAUUUGCAACAAGGUAUCAUACCAAGUGCAAAUGAUCCAACCCACCCUCACCACAAAAUAUUCCAGGUGCAUGCAUCGGUGAACAAUAAUGGACAAAGUGGUGAAAAUGACUUGUCAAUGUCCAUCAACGGUGAAGGAAAUCAUCCACAACAACGCAAUCCCCACACCGACCUCAAUGGCAAUGAGCUAUCGGAUGAAGAAUACUACGAUCUGCUUAGCUCAAUGCAAGCAGGAAAUUUGAACACAGGAGGAUCUAACUCUACCAACCCAUUGAGUGACGAGUUUGGCCCUGGAUUUGAUGAAGAGACUAGUAUGUUGCAGCACAAUUCUGCUACGUCAACAUGGAAUAGAAAUAUUCAUUCACUUUCAUAUGGUGCAUUAAAAGUAUUUAUGGAUCACAAUCCCGUUUUGUAUGACCACUGUACUAUGCUAUAUCAUCAAUCGUUGAGUGAACAAAAGAGUCGCGAAGCAGCAAGAAAAGAAGGUUGGGAAAGGAUCGAAAAAUAUGUCAAGCAGCUCAAGGCUCAACAACCAUCGCAGACAAGUAGUGGGGUAUUUUGA